ACUAGAAGCACAGAAGGCCGAAGCGAUCAGGAGGAGGAGAAGAAAUUGAAACCUCAUCAUGGACCAACAGGGCAACUGGGCGAACGAACAGAAGGGUGCAGGUUUGAUCUACUCACGCCUGUACACAAGUCAGAGCAGAACUGGAGGCAGACUAAUAUGUCAAGCGGGAAAAGCWCAAAAUUGUGGCCACUAAGUGCUCGACAAGCGACCAGAUAUAGAUUCGAAAAGAAGACAUUGAGAAAUGAUUUUGGCGACUGUGUUUCGUUUUUGGAAGAACCUGGCUUCGUCAGGAUUGAACUGCAAGCAUCUACGAACAAGUUAGGCAAGAGCUAUACGCUUCGAUGCUAUCUGCCCAACAAUUAUCCAUGUUCUUGUCCAUUUUUAGUGGUUUCAAAGCCUGAUAUUCCAUUAAAGGACUUUGAAGGUAAUAUCCUUGGAGCAAGCUUUGAAAAUCACUGUCUUGGGCCUGACAACGAGUAUGGAUUGACGGCUAUUUGUCACUGCAGGCCAGAUCGAUGGGACUCAAACUCUAUGAACCUUAGCCAGGUCUUUAUGAAGGGACUGAAAUGGCUUGAAGCUUAUGAAAUCAUGAUUACUACAGGCGAAGAGAUAGACACUUUUUUGUCAGAGAUGCCGAUGAGCAAAGAGAAGAUACAAAAACUCAAGCGACUGAGGAAAGACCUUGAGCGACAAUUAUUGGAUAUUCAACAGAGUGACUUGAAUAUCCAAGAAAAAUUCGUGCGAGAGUUGGGGCUUUGCUUUGCUAUGGAUGUAAUGAUGGAAGUAGUAGGCCGUCAGGAGGAACUCCUCGAUCAAGAAGAACUUCAAGAGAGCGAUUAAAUGACGUAAAAUUGUACGCAAAACAAAUUGUGCUAAAAAUCAGUUUACAAUUGUCCUCACCCUCCCCUCCCCAGCCUUCUUUCUCCACACGAGGGCUGGCAGGGUAGAGCAGUGGAUGGAAUGACCUAUUAAAUACAUUGUAAUAUCUGUACAUAUGGUCUUUAAAAAAAAUUUCAUUGUAAAGGUGUCAUUUAUGUUCUAAAURUAAUAUAUGGGUCGAGAUUCCCUGAAUUUAAAAUGCAAAA